UUGAGGGGAAAGCGUGUGUCUAGAUUUUUUGAUAUAAAAAGGGACAAAGCAAAAUACAACAUGAACUAGAAGAAGACUGAGCCGGCUCCAAUCAAAGUUGAUAUCUUUAACUUGGAUUUCACUGUAAAGUUGAUUCCUUUUUUUUCUUCUAGUUUUUUUCGAUCUAUUAUUGUCCUCAGAACAAAACCAGAUUUUUUUAAGUCCAUAUUAGUCAAGACUGGAGAGAAAAUGAGUGGUUUUUAGAUUAGAAGAACUUUAAUUUAUUUUUGAUUGAGGGAGAAGAAGAGUUUUGAUUGAGAAAUGGGUUGUUUUCCAUGUUUUGAUUCAAAAGAAGAAGAGAAGUUAAAUCCUGGUAAUAAAGAGGAGAGUAGUGAUAAUGUUAGAAAAGAAGUUCAUCAUAAUCAUAAUAAUCAACCUGUAGUCAAUCCAAAUGUUGCUAAAUUAUCUUCAGGAGCUGAUAGAUUGAGAUCAAGAAGUACUCUGGGGGGAUCAAGAAGGGAAUCGUCCGGUCCAAAAGAAGGACCUUAUGAUCAUAUUGCUGCUCAGACGUUUACGUUCCGAGAGCUUGCAGCUGCAACCAAGAAUUUUAGACCAGAAUCUCUUUUGGGAGAAGGUGGAUUCGGGCGUGUUUACAGGGGAUUUCUCGAAAGCACUGGUCAGGCUGUAGCUGUAAAACAGCUGGAUAAAGAUGGUCUUCAGGGAAAUAGAGAAUUUCUAGUGGAAGUUCUCAUGCUCAGCCUUCUACAUCACCAGAAUCUUGUCAGUCUAAUAGGUUAUUGUGCUGAUGGUGACCAGCGUCUUCUCGUAUAUGAAUUCAUGUGUUUGGGAUCGUUGGAAGAUCAUCUCCAUGAUUUGCCACCUGAUAAGGAAGCACUAGACUGGAACACCAGGAUGAAGAUUGCAGCUGGUGCAGCCAAAGGUUUGGAAUACCUACAUGAUAAAGCAAACCCUCCAGUGAUAUACAGGGACUUCAAAUCAUCCAACAUAUUGUUAGGUGAAGGAUUCCACCCAAAACUGUCUGACUUCGGGCUGGCAAAGCUUGGUCCAACUGGAGAUAAGUCGCAUGUCUCCACAAGGGUCAUGGGAACAUAUGGUUACUGUGCACCUGAGUAUGCCAUGACUGGGCAAUUGACAGUGAAGUCUGAUGUUUAUAGUUUUGGGGUAGUCUUCUUAGAGCUGAUCACUGGACGCAAGGCCAUCGAUAGCACUCAAGGUCAUGGAGAACAGAACCUUGUUCAGUGGGCAAGACCCAUGUUCAAUGACCGUCGCAAGUUUCCCAAACUGGUGGAUCCACGGCUGGAAGGACGUUUCCCCAUGCGGGGGUUGUACCAGGCUCUGGCUGUGGCAUCCAUGUGUAUCCAAGAAUCAGCUGCUACCCGUCCUCUCAUUGGGGAUGUGGUGACUGCCUUGUCGUACUUGGCAACUCAGUCUUAUGACCCUAAUGCACCUCCAAGUAAUAAAGCCAAUGGAGAUAAGGAAGAUAGAAGGACUAGUAAUGAAAGAGGUGGAAGGAUUGGCAAGAACGAAGAAGGAGGUGGUUCAGGACGGAAGUGGGAUUUGGAGGGUUCAGAGAAGGACGACUCUCCAAGGGAAACACAGAGGAUGCUGAACCGGGAUCUGGACAGAGAGAGAGCUGUGGCCGAGGCCAAAAUGUGGGGGGAGAAUUGGCGGGAAAAGAAACGGCAAAGCGCACAAGGUAGUUUUGAUGGAGUGAAUGGAUGAAUUAAAGAUAGUUUAGGGACUUAGGAGGUAACCCUUGCUAUAUUUUUCAUUCAAGGGAGAAGAAAAAGCUUAGUUCACAAGAGUGUAUAUUUAUCCGUCAGAAUUGCAAAGAAAAGGAAGGAAAAAAAAAAGGAGUAGAAAGUGAAAGACUGAAAAUGUUGUAAUCUUUUCUCCGGGUUGUGGCACCCUAAUAGCAGCAUGUCUUAAUGACCAACUUUGUUUCAAAAUGUUCUUAAGAAAAUUUUGAGAGUGAACACCCAUUUCUGUUUUAUCUGUGACCAGUAGUUUUGUCGUAGAAAAACAGAAGUGGAACCAGAUUUCCCGGUUUGGUUUCCA